AUGGCAGUAGACUGCAUCAAAACCAUGCCUCAACACCAUCAAGAAGACGACCAAAAUAAACCUUUGGUUUUCGAUGCCAGUGUUCUUCGAUACAAAUCUAACGUUCCCCAACAGUUCAUUUGGCCUGACCAUGAAAAGCCAACCGCUAAUGCACCAGAACUCCCUGUUCCACAUAUCGACUUAGGUGGUUUCCUUUCCGGCGACCCUGUCGCUGCAAUGGAGGCUUCUAAGCUUGUUGGCGAAGCUUGCAAGAAACAUGGUUUCUUUCUCGUCGUUAAUCACGGCGUCAAUCAAAAACUGAUACAAGAUGCCCAUCGCUAUAUGGACAGCUUCUUUGAAUUACCUCUCUGUGAAAAGCAAAAAGCUCAGAGGAAAAUUGGCGAGCACUGUGGAUAUGCCAGUAGCUUCACUGGCAGGUUUUCUUCUAAACUUCCAUGGAAAGAAACUGUUUCUGUUCGCUACUCGGCUGACAAUAACUCACCCAAACUCGUUCAACACUAUCUCCGUAACACAAUGGGCGAAACUUUCUCAGAAUUCGGGAGGGUGUACCAGGAGUACUGCGAGGCGAUGAGCACUCUAUCACUGGGAAUCAUGGAACUACUUGGAAUGAGCCUUGGAGUAAGCAGAGAGCACUUCAGGGAAUUUUUUGAAGAAAACGAUUCUAUAAUGAGGCUUAAUUACUAUCCUCAAUGCCAAAAACCUGAUCUUACCUUAGGAACCGGUCCUCAUUGCGAUCCUACUUCAUUAACCAUUCUUCACCAAGACCAAGUAGGAGGUCUUCAAGUCUUCGUAGACAAUCAAUGGCGUUCUAUCAGCCCAAAUUUCCAAGCCUUCGUCGUUAACAUUGGCGAUACCUUCAUGGCUUUGUCUAAUGGAAGAUACAAGAGCUGCUUGCAUAGAGCAGUAGUGAACAGCAAGAAGCCAAGAAAAUCGUUGGCUUUCUUUCUGUGUCCAAAGAGCGAUAGGAUCGUAAGUCCUCCAAGUGAACUAGUAGAUGAUAGCAAUCCAAGAAUAUAUCCAGAUUUUACAUGGCCCAUGCUUCUUGAAUUUACACAGAAGCAUUACAGAGCAGAUAUGAAGACUCUUGAAAUGUUCACUAAUUGGGUUCAACAACUACAACAGAAAAAUUAA